CCAGGCCUUAUCUACAUUAGGAGUAUGCGUGGCCAAGUAUUUAGUCAAUACCGCGCGGGGGGCGCCCGAUCGAUCCCUCAGUCGGCGGCGGCGCGCCGGCCUGGCUUGAGCUCCAUGCUACUUCAGCGUGUAGCGCGGCAUGGAGAGCGCAGUGUCCAGCGUGGCAGCCCUCACCAUGGACUGCGAAGAUAUGUUUAAGGAGAUCACUAAGAAACUCUACGGGGAGGAGACGUUGGUGUGGCAGGCGACCGUGGGUGGCGGCGUCAUCGGCGUGGAAUUCCCAGCAGCUGAGAGGGACCUUGAAGAGGAACUACGCCCUGAGGAACACAUCACCGCGUGGGGCCUUGCUGCGUUGAUGCAGAAUGGGUUCCCACCUCCUGGUAUCUUGCAAGCUAACUUCACCCCCCGAAUCGACCCAGCUGCAGAAGACCGAUGGACGGCAGCGGAAGAACCUUUGGCCUGGGCCCAUUCCCGAGUGGCCUCUUACAACCCUGCCCAGCGACUGUUCAAGUGCACGGAAUGCGAAUGCGUCGGCUUCCUUGCGAGGGUGGCUGAGCACUGGCUUGGGACUCAUUCACAUGCCAGGGUGUUCCACUGCCCGCUGGCUCAGUGUGGCUUCGCUAGCGGCUGGGCGCGAGCAGUGAGGCAGCAUCUCGCGCGAGACCACCACUCGGACCCCGCGGCGGCCGACCAGCUGCUGCGAGAGAACCCGGCUCUCGAUGACGUCACACGAUACCUGCAGCGACUCAAAACAAAGGUGGAAAACCAGCGUAAUGAGCGCCGAACCAACCCCGUACCUGUCGCGGUCGCCGUGGAGCCCCCGGCGCCCGAGCCCGCGCCCGCAGCGGAGCCCGGCAAGCGCUACGCCUGCCCCGCCUGCCCCUACGCCACCGACCGCCGCGACCUCUUCACCCGCCACGAAAACAUCCACCGCGACGAAAAACCCUUCCACUGCUACCUCUGCCAAAAACAAUUCAACAGAGCCGACCACGUCAAGAAACACUUCCUACGCAUGCACAGAGACCAACCCUACGACCUAAAUAGAAUAAGACGACCGACCAAAAACCAACCAGCCGCUACAACAAACGUAUAUUACAAUUCAAAACCGCCUGCAGAACCUCCACCUAUCCAAGAAUACCGGGCGCCAGUUAAAAUCGAACGCGCGCCGCUAGCGAAAGCAGAGGCGCCUGCGACUAUACCGCAACCGAAAACUGUAGCCAAUACCACCCCUGUAGUAACUAAUAGCCCGACUGUAACCAAUACCACGGCGGGUGUGCGGCGGAAGGGAGAGAGACGAUACGCGUGCUGCUAUUGCACGUGGUCAGGGGUGGAUAACUGGUGUUUGAAGCGGCAUCUGAAUACGCAUUUGAAGCCGUUUGCGUGCGCGCUCUGCGAGUAUAAGGCGGCGCGCGCGGAAAGGUUGGCGACACAUGUGCAUAAGGUUCAUAAUAAGAAGGCGUGUGCUAAAUGUCCGUUUUUGGCGGACGAUCAGCAUCAGUUGGCGCUUCAUUUGAGAGAGGCCCAUCACAUCGAGAGCCGCAACCUCAAAGUGCCGACCGGCGUGCGUAACUUCACCACGCCGACGCAGCCCACAGAGGACGCCACUACGUCCGCUCAGGGACGCCGACGCGAACAGCGCGCCGCCGGCGCUGCCAGACUCUUCGGAUACUUGGAAGCUUCAGACAACUCCGGCGACGAAUACGAAGCCCCGAUCCAGGAGCAGUUUCCCACAGCGGUGGCGGCGGCGGUGGGUCCCGCGGCGCCGCACUACGCGCGCGACAAGGAGAACGCCGCGCCCAUGCACCACGCGCACCACGACCACUGCCUGCGAUACUAGCCGCCAGAUUAUAUAUCAUUGUUGCAUA